AUGUUUUUAGGUACUCCAAAAUUCAAUAAAAAAUUAAUAUUCAAAAAUCCCUCAAACCUAUAUGAAAACUUUUGCAAUGCAUAUGCGUAUUAUUUGGCCAUUUCUAUAGGAACCCCAUCUUCUAAAAAACAAGAUAUUUUUAUAAAAGCUCAAGAAGGGUGGAAGACUAUACGAAAUUUGAAUGAAGAAACUAUACAAAAUAAAAUAAAUAAUUAUUUACAAACACCUUUAAAACCUAUUCAAUAUACUUCUUUUAUGCCUACUUUAGUUAUAUCAAAUAAAAUUACUAAACAAGAAUGUAUUGAAAAACAGCUUAAUAAAUUAAAUGAGUUGCAAAAAUUAAAAAAACAUGCUGCUGCACAAGUCAAAAGUCAAGCAAAAAAACGUGAAGCUUUAAAAACCAGAAGAGAAGCUAUUAGAUACGAUUCACUUGGGCAUCCCUUUUUUCUUCUUCUAAAUCCUGAUCUUCCUGAGCAGAUGCAUUCAUAUAUCAAGUUUGGUAUUGCUGCCAAAAAAAG